CGGGCCGGCGGGUCGGCAAGCGGUCGCCCGGGCUGUCGCCUGUCCCGCGUCGUCGCUGCGCCGGCCUCGCCCCGCGCACGGGGGCAGGUGCCCCGGCUGGGGUCUGCCGGGAAGAUGGCGACCCCGGGCAUGAGCUGGCAGCAGCAUCAGUAUUACGGUAGCUCCGCGUCUGGGCCGGCCAAAUUUGCGACCUCCCCGGCUGCCGCGCAGCUGGCCGGGCACAACAUGGACUACAGCCAGGACAUGCACCUGAAAAUGAGCAAGAAGAUCGCUCAGCUCACCAAGGUAAUAUAUGCUUUGAAUACUAAAAAUGAUGAGCACGAUUCUGCGAUUCAGGCCCUCAAAGAUGCCCACGAGGAAGAAAUCCAGCAAAUCCUUGCAGAAACAAGAGAAAAAAUACUGCUAUACAAAAGCAAGGUGACGGAAGAGUUAGACCUUAGGAGAAAGAUCCAGGUUUUGGAAGCGUCGUUAGAAGAUCACGUGAAAAUGAAGCAGGAGGCGUUGACGGAGUUUGAAGCCUAUAAGCGCAGGGUCGAGGACAUGCAGCUCUGCGCAGAGGCGCAGCACGUUCAGCGCAUUGUAACCAUGUCCCGGGAGGUGGAAGAGAUCAGGAAGAAAUUCGAAGAAAGGUUGCGGAGCUUCGGGCAGCUCCAGGUUCAGUUCGAAAACGACAAACAGUCGGCCCUGGAAGAUUUGAGAACCACUCACAGGCUCGAAGUCCAAGAGCUGUUGAAGUCGCAGCAGGACCACAGCUUCUCCGUGAACCUGGGGCAGGAGAAAGCCGAGGAGCUGCACCGGAGGGAGGUGGAGGCCCUGAACGACACCCUCAAGGAGCUGAGGCUCGAGAAGAGGCAGCUCAUUGAGGAGUACGAGGGCAAGCUGUGCAAAGCCCAGUUAUUUUACGAACGCGAGCUUGAUAAUUUGAAAAGGUCACAGCUCUUCACAGCCGAAAGCCUGCAGGCCAGCAGGGACAAGGAGGCCGACCUCCGCAAAGACUUCCAAGGGCAAGAAGCCAUUUUACGCAAAACCAUAGGCAAACUGAAGACGGAGCUGCAGAUGGUGCAGGACGAAGCCAGCAGCCUGCUUGACAAAUGCCAAAAGCUGCAGACGGCUCUGGCCACAGCGGAGAGCAACGUGCAGGUUCUUCAAAAACAGCUUGACGAUGCCAAGGAGGGAGAAAUGGCCUUGUUAAGCAAGCACAAGGAAGUGGAGAUCGAGCUAGCAGCUGCCCGGGAGCGAUUGCAAGAGCAAGCUUCAGAUCUCGUCCUCAAAGCUAGUCAUAUCGGAAGGCUUCAGGCAACUCAGAUGACCCAGGAAGUUACGAUUAAAGAUUUGGAGUCCGAAAAAUGCAGAGCCAACGAGAGACUGUGUCAGCUGGAAGAGGAAAGAGCUUUCCUGCAAAGCAGAACGCAGAGUCUGGACGAAGAGCAGAAGCAGCAGGUGCUGGAGCUGGAGAAGAAAGUAAACGAAGCAAAGAGAACUCAGCAAGAAUAUUAUGAAAUGGAGCUCAAGAACCUGCAGAAUCGGUUGGAAGGAGAGGUGGCUCAGUUAAAUGAGGCCCACGGGAAGACGUUGGAAGAACUGGCGCGAAAGCACCACAUGGCGAUGGAGGCUGUCCACAGCAGCGCAAGCAGAGAGAAGAUAAAGCUACAGACAGAGUUGGAGGAACAAUAUAAGAAGGAGAAACUGAGUCUGGAAGAGGAUAAAUCUCAGCUCCAACUAGAGCUGGAAAAUGUAAAGCAAGCACUGGGAGACAAGCUGUCAUCAGCCAAUCAGGAGAUUGGGCGCCUCCAAGAUCUGGUAAAGAAGAGUGAACAAGGUCUUGGCUCUGCUGAAGGACUCAUUGCCAGUCUUCAGGAUUCCCAGGGGAGGCUUCAGAGCGAGCUGGACCUGACAAAAGGCAGGCUAAAGGAGACCAAGGAUGCCCUAUUAAACGUUGAGGCUGAGCUGCAGCGAGAACGUCACGAACAUGAGCAGACACUGGCCGCCAUGAAGGAAGGAGAGAAGCUGAGGGUGGACCGGAUGGCCCAUGACCUGGAGAUCAAGUGGACCGAAAAUCUGAGACAGGAGUGCUCCAAGCUUCGCCAGGAGCUGAGGCUUCAACACGAAGAAGAUAAAAAGUCUGCCAUGUCUCAACUGCUGCAGCUGAAAGAGCGAGAGAAAAAUGCCGCCAGGGAUUCGUGGCAGAAGAAGGUGGAAGACCUCUUAAACCAGAUCUCUCUGCUCAAGCAGAACCUGGAGCUGCAGCUCUGCCAGUCGCAAACGUCUCUGCAGCAGCUGCAAGCGCAGUUUACGCAAGAGCGCCAGCGGCUCACCCAGGAGCUGGAAGAGCUGGAGGAGCAGCAUCAGCAGAGGCACAAGUCCCUCAAAGAAGCGCACGUCCUCGCGUUCCAGACCAUGGAAGAAGAGAAGGAAAAGGAACAAAGGGCUCUGGAGACUCACUUACAGCAGAAGCAUUCUGCAGAGCUGCAGUCACUGAAGGAUGCGCACCGAGAGUCCAUGGAGGGCUUCCGCGUGGAGAUGGAGCAGGAGCUUCAGACGCUCCGGUUUGAAUUAGAAGACGAAGGAAAAGCUAUGCUUGCUUCCUUGCGUUCUGAACUAAAUCAUCAACACGCAGCUUCCAUUGAUUUAUUACGGCAUAGUCACCAUCAAGAACUGGCAGCAGCUAAAAUGGAAUUAGAGAGAAGCAUAGACAUCAGCCGAAGGCAGAGUAAGGAGCACAUGUGUAGAAUAAGUGAUCUGCAGGAGGAGCUGCGGCACCGGGAGCACCACAUCACAGACUUGGAUAAGGAGGUCCAGCACCUCCACGAAAACAUAAGUACCCUAACGAAGGAACUGGAACUUAAGGGGAAAGAAAUUCUCAGAAUACGGAGUGAAUCCAACCAGCAAAUGAGGUUGCAUGAACAAGAUUUAAACAAGAGACUUGAGAAAGAGCUGGAUGUCAUGACAGCAGACCACCUCAGAGAGAAAAAUAUCAUGCGGGCAGAUUUUAAUAAGACUAAUGAGCUACUCAAGGAAAUAAAUGCAGCAUUACAAGUGUCACUAGAAGAUAUGGAAGAGAAGUAUCUAAUGAGAGAAUCGAGGCCAGAAGAUGUACAGAUGAUUGCAGAAUUAAAAUCCCUGCUCACAGAACGAGACCAGGUCAUAAAGAAACUCAUUGAGGAUAAUAAAUUUUACCAGCUGGAAUUAGUCAAUCGAGAAACUAACUUCAACAAAAUAUUUAACACAAGUCCUACUGUUGGUGUUAUUAACCCAUUGGCUAAGCAAAAGAAGAAGAAUGAUAAGUCACCAGCAAACAGGUUUGUGAGUGUUCCCAAUCUAAGUGCUCUGGAAUCCAGCGGCAUGGGUAAUGGACAUCCUACCCGCCUGGAACCUAUUCCCAAUUCUCCAGCCCAUGAUGUUGAGUUCAACAGCAACAAGCCUCUUCCACAGCCAUUGCCACCCAAAGAGCCCAAGACAUUUUUGAGUCCUCCUCAGAGUGAAGCUUCGCCGGUGGCUUCUCCAGACUCCCAGCGCCAGGAGUGGCUUGCCCGGUACUUUACUUUCUGAAUCAAUUGUCCUGGCACGGCUCUGUGUGGAUGGUUCCAAGAGCAUGACUGCAUAUGAAUCAUUAUGUGGACAGGCCUUUCUAUGUAAAACACUGUGAAUGAGAAAGUGUUUGUCUCUCCAAUUUGAAAAUGCACUGUAUUUCCUGUGAUAUUUAUUGGAAUCACUCUCUGAGGUACUAUAUUAUGUGUGUAAUUAUAACAAUUAUUUUUAUUUUAGAUGAAAGUCUUAAUCUUUGUAAUUACUGCAUAAUAAAUU